GCGCUGGCGCCCUCCCAGCUGCCGGGCGAGACGGCGAGCUCCCAUCAGCUGGUCCGUACCGGCUGACCUGCUGCCUCCCCCUGACCCCCCCGCCCUCAGCAGCGUCGGUGGCGUUGUCAACAAAGCAGCGCGGAGAGCGGGACCGGGACGUGUCGCGGCAGACGGCGACAGAGACGGGCGUGUCGCCACAGAGACGGUCAGAGUCGUCAGCCGAGUCACAGCCAGCACCGCGGACAAGGACCAUGUCGGAGGACGAGGUGGUGCGCACGCUGGGAGGUAUCGGUCGCUGGCAGGUGCGGCAGUCGGUGCUGCUCUCGCUGUCGGGAGUGCUCUGCGCCUGGCAGAUCCUGUCGGUCGUGUUCCUGGCGCCGGCCACCGAGCACUGGUGCGCGCCGCCCCCGGGGCACCACUGCGCCGACACCACCGGCACCAGUGGUGACACCCGCUGCAGCCCGCGCCAGUGGCGAGCCCUCGGAGUGCCGCACGAACUCAGGGACGGUGAGAGAGUCAAGUCCCAGUGUCUGGUGUUCUCCCAGCCCAUAGACGCCAUAGUUCCAGAUACCAACGCCACGAUGUCCUGCAGUACUUGGCAGUACGACACUACCGAGUACACCAGCACCCUCGUGAUUGAGUUUGACCUGGUCUGCGACCGUAAAUGGCUUCAGAUGAUUGUAAAGGGCAUCUACAUGGUGGGCAUCAUGUUCGGCGUCAUGACCUGGGGAAUAAUUGCCGACAGGUACGGCCGGCGGCCGGCCCUGCUGCUUUGCCUGGCUCUCAACUGCCUCAGUUCGCUGGUCACCAUGGCCUCUACCACCGUCCAGAUGUUCCUUCUGCUCAGAUUCCUCACUGCCUUCUUCGGAAUCGGCAUGUACACCACCGGCUUCGUCAUGUCCAUGGAGCUGGUCGGUGAGCAGUGGCGCGCGCUGCUCGGCAUCACCUACUGCCUGCCCGUGUCGUGCGGCUUCAUCACCAUGGGCGGCAUGGCCUACCUGGUGCGCGACUGGCGCCUGCUGCAGCUGGCCCUCUCGCUGCCCGGACUGCUGUUUGUGUCCUUCUACUGGCUUGUCCCUGAGUCCCCGCGCUGGCUGCUGUCCAAAGGCAGGGUUUCUGAGGCUAGAGACAUAUUGGAACAAAUAUGUAAAUUCAACAAAAUGGAGCCUCUGGAGAAAUUGCCUGAACUUGAGCUUCCGUCUGAGAAAAGUACUCCAUCGACUGAGAACUUUCUGGAUGUGUUCCGUGCGGGGAAGACGGCUGCUCUGUUCCUCUGCCUGUUUUUCUGCUGGCUCGUGAACAGCAUGGUGUUCUACGGGAUCGUGCUGAACGCGGGCGACUUCGGAGGCAACAUGUACCUGAACGCCACUCUCGGAGGUGUGGUGGAGGUCCCUGCCCUGCUCAGCUGCGCCUACGCCAUCUAUCGCCUGGGCCGACGAGCGCCCAUCAGUAUCAACAUGCUGGGCGCUGGCGUCGCCUGCCUCCUCACUCUGGCCUGCACCAAGGGCGCGUUUCCCCACGACUGGCCGAUGGUGUGUCUGGCGAUGAUGGGCCGUUUCUGCAUCACCGCCUCCUUCUCGACCAUCUACAUCUACACGGCCGAGUUGUUUCCGACCUCCGUGCGCAACACGUGCCUGGCGGCCUGCUCUGUGGGCUCGCGGGUCGGCGGCAUCCUGGCGCCCCUGCUCGACCUACUGAAGGAGGCGAUCCACCCGACGGUGCCGGUGGUGGUGUUCGGCCUCACCGCCAUUCUGUCCGGCGCCAGUGUGCUGCUGCUACCAGAGACCGCCGGCAGGCCCCUGCCAGAGGUGCUGGCAGACGUCAGCAAGGGCAGGCGCCGCAAGCAGACCGGGGAUGAAAUAGAAGAAAAGACAACGGAUGAGCUGCUGCCAGCGCCUGUCGUGGUGUAAACAACACUCCGAGCCUCCAGUUCGGAGCGACGACUACUGACCUGACCAGCACGGAUGCCAGAGUCUUUGUGUCGGCCAUCGUCACACACUGGUCACGGUGUCUCAUCGUCUGCGGUGAUGUCAAAGUCUACCGCCUUCUCUCAACUGAUCACACAAACUGACCGCCGUGGACGACAACGGAACGAUUCAGUAUUGAAACUGCUACGACGUUAUACCACUUACCGAUGUCCCUAGAGACGAGAGAAAACUCUAGGGAUAGUCCCAGUCCACCAAGCCCUCAUAAUGUUGCUAAUCAGAAGCAGUAUUCGCUCAUAUAGAGGAGAGUGUCGGCUGAAUACUCCUCCUACUCCAGCUGGGUAAUUGUGCAUUGAUAGUUGGGCUUCUCUUCAAAGACCAAUCAGGUGGAUGUGUGCCUCGGUGGUGUAGAGUCCUGGAUCAGCACGUGGGUGACCCGUCAGCAGAUGUUUGUGUCCUCUAAGCCGUCCCCAGUGAAGUCUUCCAUUUCCAAUCCGGUGUGAAAAAGGUCUGUUCUCCAAACACGGUUAAUGGUUAUUGAUUGAAAUAAGGCAAAAGAGAGAAAAUGAAUAGGACAUUCUCCGGAAUGUUGGUUACUUAUAUAAUAUCACAAGGAAAAAAUGCGAAACUGGACGUCGUCGCUAUGGUGUGUUUUACCUGAUUUUCCAUGUCUCCUUUUUCCAUUUUACACCUUUCUAUGCUCAAUUGUACUGAAUCUUGUAUGUAAUCAUGACUGUUCCUUCUCAUCAAUCCAAGUCGUUCAUUGUGCAAAAAUGUAUAAGUUAGUCGCUCGUUGAAAAUGAAAGCGGUUGAAAUAUGAGCUUCAGUUUUCUACAGUGGCUACACUAUCACCACAUGAGAUGGUAAACAACCGUCCACCUAAACAAUGCCUUCCCAUAUCUGUCGUUCUCAUGUGUGAAAUAUCUUUAUGCACAUGUAUUUCAACUUUCAUUCUGAUAGCGCAAUAAAAAGGUUUUUCGUCGUGUGGUCACUAGUCAUCCAGAAUUAGCAGAUGCCCUAUAUGCUGCGCUGAUUGUCACUGAAUGGACGGUCGUACCGAGUGCAUGCGACUGUGGCUGCUCCGAUCUAUGCCACCAAACAGGCACGUCCCCUUUCACCCCACACAGACUCUCACAAUAAAUGAUAGGUAGUGACCACAUGCGCCAUGCCCCGCGAUUACCCGGGAAACGUUUCCUUCUCUACUUACUGCUUGUCACCUGAGAGCAGCGGAGGAUGGAAUCAGCCCAUUCUGCCAGUACCUAUUACCCCAACUUGACCCAAACACCCUUAUCUGGUCAGGCAAUAGUCGCUGAUUUCUGUAAAUGAAUAGACUGUCAUAUCGCCUAGCGUUUCUUAUCGUGUACACCAUGUGCUCAUUGACACAUUUCUGGAAACUGUAAAUAUGCGCCUGUGUAUGUUUGCAGUACCUAGUAUGGCACUGCAUUGUAGUGUGUUAACUUCGACCACUGUAGUGCGCUGUAUUUGCUGAGUUACUACCUUAGCAGUGGUCAUAUGGCUUGUUGAGGACUUUUUCCUGACUCAUGUUGUAAAGAAGGUACCGUGUAGGUAUCUUCUUACGGCCUGUGUUGUAUGUUAUCUGAUGUAUUAUUUCUACUUUUGCUGUAGCAUCUGUAUGUCAUGUAGUGCUUUGUACUUCAUAAUAAACCAGCACACAAGUCGUGUGAA